AUGUCAGAAUUCUCGGACUGGUACCGUGGAGUACCAGAAAUUACGCGAUAUUGGUUUACGGGAAGCGUUAUUUUACCAUUACUAGGACGAUUUAAUUUGUUCAGUCCAUAUUUAAUGAUUCUUGAAUGGGAUUUAUUUUUCUACAAAUUUCAGAUAUGGCGGCCAUUAACGGCCUUAUUUUAUUACCCAUUGUCGCCCUCCACCGGUUUUCAUUGGUUAUUGAUGCUAUAUUUUUUAUAUAAUUAUUCGCGUGGAACUGAAACUGGAGUCUUUGAUGGUCGGCCAGCAGACUAUCUCUUCAUGCUCAUCUUUAAUUGGAUUAUUUGCACUAUCAUAUGCUUGGCAGCCAGUGUAUUUUUCCUGUUGGAACCUAUGGUUUUAAGUGUUUUAUACGUGUGGUGUCAAAUGAAUAGAGAACAAAUCGUGCAGUUCUGGUUCGGAACACAAUUCAAAGCAAUGUAUUUGCCGUGGAUUUUAGUCGGCUUUAAUAUUAUUCUCCGAGGUGGUAGUAUAAACGAAUUUAUUGGGAUACUUGUUGGCCAUACAUACUAUUUCUUGAUGUUUAAAUAUCCGCAAGAUUUUGGUGGUCGUUCAUUUUUGAAAACACCACAGAUCCUUUAUCAAUGGUUUCCAAAUCGAAGGAAUGUAGUUCAUGGAUUUGGUCAAGCACCGUCAUACAGAAGGCCUACAGAAGGUAGUGGGGGAGGAGACACACAUCACUGGGGACAAGGGCGACCGCUAGGUGGUCCGGACUAA